AUGGCCCUGGGCCGAUCGCCCGGGCGUCCGCCCGGCCAGCCCGCGCAGACACACGGCGACGGGGGCGGGGCCGACAGCGACGACGUGUCGAGCAGCAGCAGCAGCAGCAGCAGCUGCGGCUCCAGCUGCAGCCGGGAGAGCCGUCCCCCGAGCCGCUCCGGGACCAGCGGCUCCCGAGGCCAGGGCACGGCCCGCACGCUCACCGGCGGCCUCGACGACGGCGUCGCGCGGGAGCUGUCGGGCUUCCUCUUCGGCAGCGGGCCCGAGACAUGGUGUCCAGCCCUGGGCACUCGCGGCGGGGCCUGGCUCGCGAGCGCGCCGCGCCGUCGCCUGGCGCUGCUUCCCGCGAGGGGAGCGUCGAGGCCGCCACGCCGGUGCUCUCUGUCUAGAGCGCGUGCGCAGCGGACUCCUGGGUUGAGCCACAGGUGA